AAACUGAGGCGAACUACAUUUCCCAGCACGCUUUACGCUCGUACUGCUCAGUACAACAUCAAUAAUAACCGUAUGUACGGAUCAAUAUAAAAACUAACCCUAUGUACGGGACCGUUCUUUAUUACAGGGAAAUUGCUUGGUUUGUAAUUCACAUUUAAACGACAACAUAGCUUUACAUUGCUGCUGAAGUACACCGUAAAUCAAGUAAACAAAAUUGAUUUUUUAUUUUUUUUAUUUAUUUAUUUUUGUUAAAAGCUGGUCUGCGCUGCUACCUUGCGGCAGUUUUUGGAAUGACCGUAUAUAUAGAUCUGUUUAUAAAGGUCAGAAAGGAGGUAUAACAUGUUAUGUUAACUUGUAUAAUUCCAAUGUGUAAACUCAUGUUAUAUACAUUUAAACAGAAUAAGGACGUAUGCAGUACCGGAAUCCUUAAGUAAUAUUCACAAUAGGUUUAAUAUUGUCAACAUUCAACUGUCUGUUCUGUUUAUUUAUGUACGCGUAUUUUAUUUGUGCAUGGGGUUAGAUUUUCAAGGAGACUGGUAUGGUUCAGUUUUAUUCAACAAAGACAGUUCUGAAGUUCGCAAAGUACCCCCUGUCUCCUGCCAACCAGUCUAUUUCACGUUUCCAUGGCUACCGAGUCCUGGUCUCCCGGGUAACAGAAAGCAAGAGUCCGCGGGAGAUGACGGAACAGAGCAAGAAGAGUGACAUUGAUUAACUCUGAGAAAAGUAAUCUACGAAGUAAACACAGCGCUCAACAAGCCAAUUGUACCAAUUUCUGAAUUUCAGCUUGCUAACACAUCCAUAUCUAUCAGCAGGCCCUAAUAUGCCGAUCAACAGGGGGAUAUUUUUCUUUAGAAACAAAAGAAAACUGCUCCAGGAAUUGUGAGUUGAUCAAAGAGUUUAUUGGUUUGGAGGCGACCAUGGCACAGGUUUUGUCCAUUGGUGGGAGUGCAAACACUGAACCAUUCAUUCCAAAUAUUUCGCAUGUCCCACCUCUGAGAUAUCUUAGAUCACCAUCUACCUACCCUAGAUAUUUGAUGAAAGCACCUUAUAUAGCAACUGAAGAUAGUGCUAUUCAAGAGGAAGUUAAAGUCCCGUGCUCGCGAAGGUGCCGCCUACGAAAGCAAGCAGGCCUCACCAACCGCUGGCAGUUGCCAGACCAACUGGGCAGUGAUUUUCUAGGAAAGUCCCAGGCCUUUAAAGCAGUGAGGGCCGGAGUAGUUAACAACUCUUUGAAGAGAAUUAUGACAGCUGACUUCCCCUUGUAUGUGCAUGAAGAGGUGUUCUGUGACCCUGUGCCUCGCCCUGCAGUGCCAUCUUGUGGAAGCACUGCACCAAGAAGCACCAAACAAUGUGUAAGACUGCCUGGCUCGGCAAGACCCAUAACUCCGGAAGACCUUUUCCACUAUCACUCCAGAAGAGUGGCACAAAAAAUAGAUGUGGUACUUGAAUGUCUGGGCAGUUUUUGGGAACUGCAUAGCCCUUAUUUAACAAAAUCCAGAGUACUGACUGAACUGUUCACAUCAGCCAACAAACAAACAGGAAAAACCGUCAGUAACAGCCCAGAUUACCAUUAUUUCAGCAGCAGUGACAAACCCCACAGUAAGUGUGCCAGCCCCCUGUCUCAGCGUUCCUCUAGGGGGAGGUACAAAGCCAACUCAGGCAGGCAGCUGCACCAGACCAGGAGACCCGUCGUGCUGAAGCUCAAUAUCCAGGACCCGGACAUUACCAGAGAUGCGCUGGCAGUGGCCUUGCAGAACCUCUACUUCUCCAAGCCUGAGGUAGAGGUGAGGGAGGCAGCGGGGGUUUUAGCUGCCGCAGCCGAGCUGGCCUUCCAAGCGCUUUUCCAGGGGUGCAUAUCUCUAAUGAUGAGCAGCAUCAGUACAUCCACGGUGUGUCAGUUUCACUACAUGGCUUGUAAGUACAGGGAGGAGGCACUGUUGACUGCCUGUGAGAGGUGGCUGGAGCUGAACCUUGUUCCGCAGCUCCAAUCAGGAAUACACCUGCGAAACCUGCCACACGACCUGCUGCAGAAACUGCUCAAAUCUACCAGACUGUUCACGUUCAGUGAAUACCAUCUCUACAGAACUGUGCUGUACUGGGUCUUCCUGCAGCUGAACCCCACAGUCCAGAUCAUGCCAUCACACAGCUCCAUCUUAACAUACUUCAUCAGCUUGCCCAAGAAAAGCGCCUUGCUUGAGAGAGAUGUGGGACAGAAGUAUGUGGCUCUCUUCCAGUCCUUGCGCCUUCACGGGAUCACAGCUAACACACAUCUGGAGGAGAUACAGCAGAUCAACGUACUGCCCCAAGCCAGUCUACUGCGGCUCUUCACAAAGCAUUACUACGCUUUACAGAGUGGAGGGGAUGUGCCGUACUUCACAGACUUCUCCACUCAGGCAAUGCGGUUUGGCCUGCUAAUUGACCGGGAGCCGCAGUAUCGCACAGAGACCAUUUCACUGUACGGGUUCUUCUUCGAGCUGAAAGCUGCAAGACACAGGGAGAGCGCCACCUACAGCUUCUCCAUGAAGAGGCUAAAGUACAAUGACCCCGCUUUGUCAUUCCGAGCCUGUGAGAGACACCCCUUCAGUCUGCUCCAGGGCCGAGAGAUCCGAUACGAGAUCAAGGUCCAGUCCACGGUGGAAGAAAAGUGGCAGAUAUUUAGCACUGGGGUGUUGAGCAAGGAAUUUGGUGUCACCAAGAAAUCUGCCAAAAGCCAGAUAUUUAUAGUAAAGGGACUGAGCCUUCCCAUCUAUGUCACUUUUGGGCUUGUGUUCCCAUCAUUCUGAAGACUCGACGGGAGUAGGUGUGCGGGCGGGAGACAAACCCUGAACAAACAGACCUUUAACAUCAAGGGGAGAGCUGAAGAUAAACAGAAGUGCUUACUGAGCCAGCAGCUUGGACUUUCACCUCAUUAAACCAUUGUGUCACGUGACAAACACCUUUGUAGAGUUUACUGUAUUUGAAUGCAGAUCUGCUUCCUGCACUGAAAACAAGUGGCUGAUAGAGGGUGUGAAACUCCAUUUGCAAUGCAGUGAGCUCAUGAUUGUGUCCUGAUUUGAUGAAUGAUCUGCAUUGGUAUGCCAUUAUACCAUAGUUGCUUUCACCCUCCCUAUUUCUGAGAACCCUUCCAGUGAGCAGCCAGUAGAUUUAUACUUUGUUGUUAGACUUUCUGGUGACCAUUUAAACCAGAUUUUGCUGUAUAUUGUAACUGCAACUAGACAUCAUUAAAACCUGCACAUUCUGACAGUCGAACUACACAGCACAAUUUAUUUCUCUGCAGUUUUUCUCUGCCAUAUGCCACUUUUGGUUCUAAAACUAAUCCAGAAAUGACGAAGAGCUCAAAAAGACAAUACAUUGUGAAGAAAUAAAUCCUGUUUGGUACAUCUUGUGGUUACUAAAGUGAACUGUAAAAGGAUUCACUAUAUGGGAUUGACUGCUGUUGCAAUGAAAUUGUAGUGCAGCUAAAUUUCGAACAUACUGAAAUAUAACUGCAGUCAGUGAACUGCGCUAAUUAGAUUAAAUUAAGCAUUGCUUGGAAUUCUAAUUGGUGAAUUGCCAGGGACUCUUUUUUUUUUU